AUGCCUUAUCGACACAAGAUCUAUUCUGAUCCAUCCUGUGCCCCAGUUAGAGGAGGACGACGAUUUGUCUUGUCUUGGCUGCGGAACAGAAGCUGCCAGCAUGCCUUCGUGGCAGUGGUGAAGAAGGAAGCGUUGCAGCCUUUCAUCUUGGAUCACAAUGCAGAGACAGCUGUUGAGAUGGCCUCCACGGCGCAAGCUGAUGCUUAUCUCUACACCACCAUGAUCGAGCGUGUGAACACGGUCAUCACUGGCCUAGCGUUCACGCUGAUGUUUACGGUGCCCAUGGUGCCGGCUUACCAGGUCUACCGGGUCAUGAAGAAGGCGGCGCAGCUCAUCACCGGGCCGGACGCCAUCCUCAACGAGAUCUACAUGACCGCGCACAUGCGCAAGGUGAAACGCCGAAAGGAGGCGGAGAUGGCUGCCCUGAACAAGCUGGCGGACAAGGACGUCGACACCGACGAGAAGCGGGAGAUGUUGGCCAGCGUCGGCCUCAUCAUGCCACAUCUGGAAACCACGCUGCAGCGCUUCGAGGAGGCGGGCUUGGGCAAGUACGUACUGCCAGACGUACAGAAGCGCUACAUGCUGCGGCUCGGCAAGCUCACCGCCAAGAUCAAUCGGGAGCGCGUCCUGAAAAGGGAGCUCGAGGAAGCCGGACUCGAGGCCCAGCGUUACAGAGAGGAGGCCGAGAGGGCCGCGGCGGCGCACGCGGUCUUGUUUCAGCAGGACGCCUCCGAAGAGGAGAUCGAGGAGGCGCGCCGCGCUGCCGAAGCUGCUGAAGUGUCGGCAAUGCAGGCCGAAAAUCGCCUGACACAUGUGAGGUCAACGCGCUUAACGAGGAUGACGGAGUACAAGCAAGCCACGGCACUGAUCGAGGAAGAGCAACGCCAGCAGACCCUGCGCCAAACACGCCGAACCAUGCGCCAAACGCUGGCUGUCAGGCCAUUGUCGAGCAUGGAAGAAGUCGACGAAGCGGAAGAGGAGGAGCAGGUAGAGGAGAGGGAAGAGGAGGAGAAGAUGGACGACAAGGACGACGACAUGGAGCCAGAUGUGAGAGUGGAGGAAAAGUUGGAAGAAUCUGAAGCAAAGGUUUGA